AUGGAAAUACCCGUGUUUGAUCUAAAAGGCCUUCCAGUCCAAGUUCCCCCAGACAUAUCAAAGCUUAAAGACGUCUAUCUCAAGCGCUACAAGCAAACUGGCACUCCAAUAAUCAUUGACAAUGGCUCUUUCAAUUGUCGAGUUGGAUGAGCCGGCAGUGAAUCUCCAAUUCUCACAUUUAGGAAUAUUGUUUCUCGGCAAAAAACAAGCAAAGAAGUCCAAGAAGUUCUUGUAGGAAGUGAAAUCCCUGAAGCUGACCUUUACAAAUUGAGUAUUCGCUCUCCUUUUGAAAGAGACAUUCUGCAGCAUUUCCAUACUCAAGAGCAUGUUUUUGACUAUUUAUUCUGGGCGCUUGGGAUUAAUGAAGACAGAGUAAAUCAUCCAAUUGUUGUCACUGAAACAGUUUGCUCUCCAAACUACUCACGUCAAAUUUUGCUUGAAAUGCUUUUUGAAGGGUAUCAGGUCCCAAAAGUAAAUUUAGGGGUUGAUUCUUUGUUUUCGUUCAGGCAUAAUUUAGGAGCUAAUAGGAGCGGACUUGUUGUGAAUUUUGGGCAUCAAGCUACUCAUAUAUUGCCGUGCUUAGAUGGAGAGUUUUUGCCGGGUUUUGCAAGGCGCAUUAAUGUGGGUGGGAAUCAUUGUACACAAUCAUUGCUCAAUACGCUACAAACACGCUACUUUUAUAAUAGAAACCUCAUUACUUGGCCAAUAGCUCAAGAAAUUGUUUACAGCUAUUGCUACACAGCAGUCGAUUAUUUUCAAGAGCUUGAAAAUUUAAGGCUCGGAAAUCAAAUACGAAUCCAAUUGCCAUGGGUUAUGCCACAGCAGCCUACAGAUGAAGAAUUAAAGCGAAAACAGCAGCAGCGCCGAGAGCAGGGCAAAAAACUUAGAGAAAUCUCUGCUAAGAAAAAUGAAGAAAAGAAGAAAAUGAUGGAGCAAGAGCUAUGUGAGCUCGAAAAUAUCGCCUCAAAAUACAGAAAAUCAAACUCAGAGUUCCAAGAAGGCCUUGUUGCUCGAGGAAUUUCUAAUUUCGACGAACUGAAAAAGAAAAUAAACAUCUUGAAAUCGCGCCUUAACUUAGAAGUCGAUGACAGCGAAAAGUACAAUUUGGUUGACAUUCCAGACGAAGAAUUGUCAGCAGAACAACAAAAACAGAAAAAAUUACAAAAAAUGCAAAAAGCUCAAAAGGAAUCAAGGGAACAGAAAAAAGCAAAAGAAAAUGAAGAAAAAGAAAGAAUUGAAAAAUUGAAACAAGAAGACCCAGCUGCUUAUUUAGAAGAUUUGAGAAAACAAAGAUUAGAAAUUCAGACGAGGAUUGAUGAAAGAAAUAAAAUAAAAGUAGAGCUGCAGAACAGGCAUAGUAGACAAAGUCAAAGAAGGCUAAGAGCGAUAGCAGAGCUUGGAAAUGAGAGUUCCAUAAAAGAUGAUAAUUUCGGAGUAAAAGAUCAAGAUUGGGAUAUAUACAGGGAUAUUCAUAAAGAUACACAAGAGGAAGAUGAAGAAGAUCAGGUCCUCCUGGCUGAUCUUGAUUCAGAAAUUGCUCAGCUUGAUCCAAAUCAUUUAAUUACCAUUGGUGAAGUAUGGAGACCACCAACAGCUGAAGACUAUCAAAUCUAUUUAGAAACAGACCGCAUCCGUCCUCCAGAAAUAGUAUUCCAGCCUUCUAUUAUUGGCCUUGAGCAAGCUGGACUUGUACAAACAAUUGAACAAGUUUUGAACCUAUUUAGUCCAGCCCAAGCCCAAAAUUUAGCUAGCUGCAUAUUUUUAACAGGAGCAUCUGUGCAGUUUCCGAAUUUCAAAGAAAGGUUGGAAAGAGAAAUAAUGAUGAUCAGGCCGUUUGGAAGCGAAUUUAAUGUUGUCACUGCAAGAGACCCUGCUUUAGAUGCAUGGAGAGGAGCUAGUGAUUUUUCUUUAACUGAGGAAUAUCAUAAUACAGCACUAACAAAAGAAGAAUAUGACGAAAAUGGGCAAGAUUACUUAAAGGUUAAGCAGAGACAUCUAGCGUCGAAUUCAUAUUUUACAACUCCAAAUCGAGGGGAAGAGCCUACUAAGAGGCAGAAAGUUAGAUAA